AUGGCGGAAAAGUUGUCAAUUCGGGAUCUGGUGGAGAAAUGGGACGGCUCAAGGAUAGAAUGCAAUGCAUUUCAGGAUGACCCGGUUACAGAGGAUGAGGAUUUGAAGUUACCCCCUUCUGUCGCACCCGGAACACCGCUUGCAAGACUUGAUGCAGCGUAUGCCAGGUGUAUGCGGGUGAGCGCUGAGGAACUCGAUUGGGAACCGGCGGUUUACAUUCGUGAAGGGAGUGAGCUUAUGUCUCAGCUGAAGGAUCAGCUGGUUAUGCUACCCGACUUAGACGACCUCUCUCCUGAUUGCGACAUCGACGCUGCUGACGUUGGAGAACCUGGCGAGAGCACGAAUGUUCAAGAAAGGCAGAUGAAGGUCAUCCUAAAAAGACACCAGAAGAUCUUCUUAGGUGACAGAAAUGCUGCCCCGGCUCCGGCGAGGGGUGUCAUCGGUGAUUUAGAUGUGGUUGCCCAACGACCCCGAUCGGUCGGUCCACACUUGGCAAUCAAGAUGUACGAGUUGCUGAACAAGCUCCUGGAAGCUACACUGAUUGAACACUCUGAAUCGACAUGGGCAUCCGCAAUUAUGAUCGUACUCAAGAAGAAUGGAGUAGACAUUCAAAUGUGCAUCGACUAUCGAGUCUGGGUACGUAUGCCUUCGGUUGAAAACGCCCCACUAAUCUACCAACAGAUGAUCAAUAAUUGCAUGUGGGGUUUUGUGCGGUUAUCACCCGAGGAAAAAGCUCUCGUGGGUCAGGAUGUGUUAGACUAUCUGAAGUUGGAUCGUCAGCCACCGAGCGAUAUAGUGGAUGCAGGACGUAGUGUGACACCACUUGUGGAACAAAUGACGGUUUUCAGGCGGAACAUUCCCGCACCAUCCCAAAUGGGACCAGUCUUGGGGUGCAGUUCGUAUAUUGAUGACAUCGGGUAUGGCGCGGCCACGUGGGAUCAAUUAUGUGGUGAUCUAGAUGCGUUACUCUAUCGGUUACGGUACUGGAGUAUCUCAGUUAGCUAG